AAUAAUUAAAGACUGGAAAGAGCACUUACAGAAAAUGGGGAAGACAAAGAAAACAAAACAGUUUGCUCAGAUGAAGAGAUUGAUCAGUCUGAAGGACACAAGGAUAAAAGCCAAAGACAAGUACAAGGAAAAGAAGAAACGAAAGAAGGCAGAUCCACAAAAUAUGAAGAUUAGAGAACUACCUCAAGCUUCCUCUGCAUUGUUCUUCAAAUACAACACAAAUUUAGGCCCACCUUAUCACAUCCUUCUGGAUACCAACUUCAUCAAUUUUUCCAUUAAGAACAAACUGGAUAUAAUUCAGUCUAUGAUGGACUGUCUCUAUGCAAAGUGUAUUCCAUAUGUGUCAGACUGUGUAAUGGCUGAAUUAGAAAAAUUGGGAUCGAAAUACAGAGUUGCUCUAAAAAUAGCAAAAGAUCCCAGGUUUGUUAGAUUACCUUGUAUGCACAAAGGAACAUAUGCUGAUGAUUGCUUAGUGCAGAGGGUUAAUCAGCACAAAUGUUACAUAGUUGCUACUUGUGAUAAAGAUUUAAAACGGAGAAUAAGGAAGAUCCCUGGAGUGCCAAUUAUGUAUUUAGCACAGCACAGGUUUUCAAUUGAAAGAAUGCCAGAUGCAUAUGGAGCACCUAAAAUAUAACACCUCGGUGACAACAUUGGAAACUGUGCUUAAGAUAAAGCCAUAAUGCCUUGAUUAUUAGAGUCCAAUGUCAACAUCUUGUAGAAAACUGGAGCAGAAUAAUGUAAACUUUAUGCUGAAUUUUUGUCAGAACAUUGUGAAAACCUCAGUCAAGCUGGUGCAGAGAGA